UAUGGGCACAUGGACCCUUGUUUUGGAGAGCAGCACAACAGCUGCACAAAAUCCUCCGCCAUGAUGUUGCGCUGCUUCCCCUAGCUAUACAGUUAACACGAACCAGCGAACGAAUGAAUUAAAGCUUCAGUGAGACACACAACUGACUUCAGGAGCUGGUAUGCUAUUGGAGUGGUCUAGGGAUGCCAAAGGAGAAAUAUGACCCGCCUGAUUCCAGGCGGAUGUACACUAUAAUGUCCAGUGAGGAGGCAAACAGUGGGAAAAAAUCCAUUUGGGAUGGGCUUGAAAUAACUGGUAAUGUUCGGAGUCUCAGCUCGGGCCUUUGGUCGCUCACGCACCUCACUGCUUUGCACCUCAGUGACAACUCCCUGUCACGUGUCCCACCUGAAAUUGCCAAGCUGCACAACCUUGUGUUCUUGGACCUGUCGUCCAAUAAGAUCAGGAGCCUGCCAGCAGAGCUUGGCAACAUGGUGUCUCUCAGGGAACUGCUUUUAAACAACAACCAGUUGCGGGUUCUGCCUUUCGAAUUGGGGAAAUUGUUUAAGUUACAAACACUGGGGUUGAAAGGCAAUCCACUCACUCAAGAAAUUAUGAGCCUCUACCAGGAGCCAGAUGGCACCCGGCGACUGCUGAACUACCUUUUGGACAAUCUAGCUGGUGCUAUCAAGCGCAUCCCAACAGAGCAACCUCCAUCCAGAUCCUGGAUUGUGCUGCAGGAGCCUGAAAGGACGAGACCAACAGCCUUGUUAACUGUAAUGUGCUACAACGUGCUGUGUGAUAAGUACGCCACACGCCAACUCUAUGGCUACUGCCCGUCCUGGGCCCUUAAUUGGAGCUACAGGAAAAAGUCCAUUAUGCAGGAGAUCCUCAGCUGCAAUGCAGAUAUUAUCAGCUUACAGGAAGUGGAGACAGAACAGUAUUAUAACUACUUCCUUGUGGAGCUGAGUAAACAGGGAUAUGAUGGAUUCUUCAGCCCCAAAUCCCGGGCCAGAACCAUGUCUGAAUCAGACAGGAAACAUGUAGAUGGAUGUGCAGUAUUCUACAAAACUGAAAAGUUCAGCAUGGUGCAGAAACACACAGUAGAGUUUAACCAGCUGGCUAUGGCCAAUUCAGAGGGCUCGGAGGCUAUGUUGAAUCGGGUCAUGACCAAGGACAACAUUGGGGUGGCCGUGUUACUGGAGCUAAAGAAUGAGUUAAUGGAGGUGUCAUCAGGUAAGUCUAUCCAUGCAAUGGAGAAACAGCUCCUACUAGUGGCUAAUGCUCACAUGCACUGGGACCCAGAAUACUCUGACGUGAAGCUGGUGCAGACCAUGAUGUUCCUGUCAGAGGUGAAGAACAUCAUAGACAAGGCCUCUCGCAGUCUGAAGCUCUCCUCUGUGUCUGGAGAAACCAACAGUAUCCCUUUGGUGCUGUGUGCCGAUCUCAACUCACUCCCUGACUCGGGUGUUGUGGAGUACCUGAGCACAGGUGGGGUGGACUGCACACACAAAGACUUUAAGGAGCUGCGCUACAGCGACAGUCUGACCAACUUCAACUGCAAUGGCAAGAUCAGCACAUCUAACGGAAGGAUCACGCAUGGUUUCAAGUUGAAGAGUGCCUACGAGGACGGGCUCAUGCCUUACACCAAUUACACUUUUGACUUCAAGGGUGUCAUUGACUACAUCUUCUACUCCAGGCCACAGCUGAGCGUGCUGGGCGUCCUCGGGCCUUUGGACACAAACUGGCUCCUAGAGAACAAUAUCAGUGGUUGCCCACACCCUCACAUCCCCUCAGAUCACUUCUCCCUGUUUGCACAACUGGAGUUGGUCCUGCCUUAUCCUCCCCCUCUCAAUGGGGUCCACUUACCUGGACACAGGUAGUGAGCCCUUCCGGCCACUGGUGGCGCUGCAGAUUCCCAGCUCUUAUGUUUUUUGAAAACGAUAAAACCUCUAAGCAGUUUCUUUUUUUAAUAUAUAUAUAUAUACAUAUAUUUUUCUCUUGUACCUUUAUUCAUUUUUAGGGUCCAACAUGUUCCAAUUUGUCAGGGAGUUUUUUUUUUCUUCUAUUUGUUAAGCUAUAGAUCUUUUUAUUUUUUUGAAUCAAUCCCUCCCAUAGGCUGAUAUAUUAUCAUAUUUUUUUUUAAAUUGUUGGGCAUAGCUUGUGUGCAUGCAAUGUAUCCAAACCGUAAGAUGAGCGUAACACACUUGGUCACACACUCAAAGGGAUUGCAGACUGUUUUAGUUCCUUUUAUGAUCAGACCUUAAUAUUAAAAUCCAGUCAUUACUGUAAUUCUGCAAAUAAGCAUUAACCAAUUUCUUUAUGAAUUCAGCCUCAAUUUAAACACUUUUUUUAAAGCUGAUGUUCCACUGAACAGAUAUUGCUUGCAGUUGACUUUCAUUUCAGACUCACCUACAUAACUCUCCUUUGGAUAAGUGACCAAUGUGUUGUGCGGACUCAGUAAGUAAAAUUUGUCCCCAACCGGGAAAGAGAGGGGAACCCCAAGAGCUUUUCCACUUGUGCGGUGCUGAAACUCGCUUUACAUCGGUGCUUCAUCUCCUGAUGUUUUAAUCUCCCAUCAAUGGUGCAAUAUUCCGAACGCUCUAGACGUUCUAAGUGAGGGCACUGUUACGAAUUGUUUUUACACGCGUAGGUUACGUAAAAGCACUUAUUUGUCUUUCUCUCUCCCUCAGGUGGGAGUUGGAAUGGUUUGAGCUUAAUAUGUAAACCAAAUUAUUUUAGAUGUCUCGAUUCAGCGUCACUGCUUUUUGCACACUAUUGUUUUAACCCGUUCUAUGGAGGCAGGCUCUCUUUGUUUCUUUGUAUGACAGGCUAUGUGAAUAAUAUAAACUGCGCUUGAUCUCACUGUGGUUAUAAACGGGAGGUUUUUAUUAGAAAGGGAGGUUUUAUAUAUAAGAAGACUAACCAGGGAGUCUUUUAACCAGCGAUUUGUCACUGUAUUAGGUUGAAAAGGAUUUCCCAUACCUUUUUAUCCUCUCAUUACACACAUCUUCGAAAGAUCUGUAGCAUUGUUCUUGAGGCUAGUAAUGUUCUGACCUAGCCGUAACCACCCCUUACAUUGUAUCAGAGGGGUCCUCCCAGGUCUUUGUACAAAGUGUAAUCAAAUGUAUUAAGACAAAUUUAGGCUUGACUUGAUUGUAUAUGAGCCACAUGUAAGAAUACUUUUUUUUUUUUUUUUUUCUUUGUUCUUUUGUAAUAAAUUAUGAUCCAAAUUCAGAAAAAUAAGAUUGUAUUGUAAGCUACAUUUUUAUCAAAAUUAAUCAAAAAAAAAAAAAACUUACCAGCUUGUAUAAAAGACAAAGAGGUUGUUCCUGGUUCUCGCUGCCAUACUUUUGCACUCAUUGCUCAUUUUGCACUUUUUUUACUAUGGUAAUUUAUUUUCUUUUGUAACUUUCAGAGUACAUGCUUUUCUUGUCCAUCCAAUCAUUCAUCUCAAGCUAUUUUUUCAGUGUGUCUCGCUGCUGUAGAUGUAAAGGGAGGGGAAUCGCGAAGCUCCGUAACAUGCCAUCUGUCUAUGUGAAGUCAAGUCAAUAACAUUUCUGCCAUUCCUUUAUUUAUAGUGCAACUGUCUAUCUGUUUUGCACACUCUUCGGUGAGCACCUAAAACCACCUGUCUUGGGGAAAAAAAAAAAAAAAAAAACCCUUUACUGUUGUUGUUGUACAAAUUUUACGUAGUUUAUUUUCGGAUUGCAUUAUGCUAUCAGUACAUCUCCAAGAGUCUCAAGAAAUAGGACUUUAGGUAUAGGACUUUAUUUUUGCUUCAAGAAUGAUUUUAGCAACACACCACCAAACAUUUUAAAGUCAAGACUGUGUAUACAUUUUCAUAUUUACGUCUGUCUAUAAUCGGUUUUAUAUGGCCAUAAUCUUUCCUGUAUGUUGCCAGCUUGAUGCAUUCUUCUGAAGCCAAUUGUAAUUUUACUUCUUCAAGUGGGAUUUUUAUAUUUCCAUAACCUUUAGUUCUGAGCCUUUGGACCAAAUUAUCAUCUCUAAGACUUGUAAAUGAUGUCUGGCAGUGGUCUAUUUGUGGGUAGGUGUUUAGCACUUAAUAUAUUUUGGAUCACUAAACUGAUGUCAGCAUGACCAUCACACAUUCAACAUGUCUCAAAUCAGUUUCUUUCAACUAUGCAGUAGUAUCGCUUUUACGUCUUGCUUUAUUUUAGCAGUAAGAACCAGAGCAGUCUUUUGUUAUUCGGGGCCUCUUCACAAAAUUCUCUAGCAUUUUGUUUUGUCUUAAGUGACCAUGAAUUGUUAAUGGUAUUAUAGUAGAAAUGAGAUUUAGCUUUUUGUAAAAUGUGAAUAAAAUGUGUAUUGAAUAUUUUCUUUCUACAAAACAGAUGAAUUGUGUUGUGUGUGUGUGUGUAUAUAAUGAAUUCUCCUGUAUUAUUGGUGUCUCUUUUUAAUGAUCUGUUUCACAAUUAUUAACAUGCUUAUUGGUCCUAUAAUGAAUUUGCUCCUCCGACUGAAGUAGGUGCCCAAAGAUGGAUGAUGUUAAAUCUGUAGGGCAUCCUGCUUUGUUAGUAGACUAGUUUUCAUGCAGUUUAAUGUCAUGAUUGAGAGCAGGUUGACACCAGGUGUUAUCGAAGAUGGUGUCUCGCUUACACUAAACUGAAUGUUAAAGUAUUUGACUUGAUAUUGGUGCAUUUCAAUCAGUGAUAAGUGGUUGUACUUGACAUUGCUGCUUGAAGUGAUAAAGUAAUAGUAUAGGUAAUGGAGAGAGACCUAAGUGGUUAAAUUGAUUUGUUUUUAAUUCAUCUUUCCCCAAACAAAGACCUUAAAUGUCAAAAGUUUUCUUAAUUUCAGUAGUACACAUCCAACAUCUACGCUUAAACUAGUAUAAAAUGUGCAAUUAAUAAUCAAAUCUUUCUUUUAUUUUUCUUUACCACUUGCUUUCUUCCUGCUUUACCCUUUAUAUUAUAACAGAACUUUUCCAGCCUUCGUUUUUGAUACUAAAAACCUGCUGCAAUAAAAUUGAUAGAUUAGCUGGGCCGUUUUGAUUUUUACCUCAGAACACUUGCAUUUCGCAGAGGCCAAUGACCUUUUGUAGUAGUUGCUCUUUGACUAACACUGUACAUACUGUCAUGAGCCAUUAUGUAGUACAUGGGAUCAACUCUUGUUUACCAUUCAAGAUAAUGCCAGCAGAGAUACACACCUGUAAUUUAAAAGAAAAGAAAAGAAAAGCUUUCACUAUAUUCAAUGAAUGUUCAGUCUCUAAUAAAAUCCAAAAAAGGCAGCUCUUAAAAAAAAAAAAUCUCUGGAAAAGAAUGGUAAGCAACUAUUUUCUGUCCGUUCUCUGUAUUCUUAGUUCUAGAGAUCUGUACAUAGAAGUUCCUUUACAGUAAUGUAUUUUCCUAUCUAUGGUUGAUAAUAAAUUCUUUCUGCUUCAUGA